AUGAAUUCACCUUACACAGCCGUGCAGUAUUACCCAGAGUUUGCCUUUCAUCGACUCAGGGAUCCCUCAUCACGUUUGUCCUGGAGAGAGAGCUCAUUCCUCACAGCUAUGUCACAGAAUCAGUCAGCACAGACAUCUGACUACUACAGCCAGGAUGUGUUUAACCAACUGUUUGACAUGCUGGACCAGUCUGCCAUUCAUUCAGUCCAGCCCAUUGAGCUUAACUUCACAGAGAGCCCAACUGAUAGGUCCUCAGGAAACACCAUCCAGAUCAGUAUGGACUGCAUCACCAUGCAUGAGCCAGAUGAGAUGCGUUCUUCACAGUAUACAAACCUGGGGCUCCUGAACAGCAUGGAUCAGAGCAUCCAGAAUAGCGGCUCAACCUCCACCAGCCCCUACAAUAACGACCACGCGCAGAACAACGUGACAGCCCCCUCACCCUACGCCCAGCCCAGCUCCACCUUUGAUGCCCUCUCUCCCUCACCGGCCAUCCCAUCCAAUACAGAUUACGCCGGGCCCCACACCUUUGAUGUGUCCUUCCAGCAGUCAAGUACAGCGAAGUCAGCCACCUGGACGUACUCCACAGACCUGAAGAAGUUGUACUGUCAGAUUGCCAAGACGUGUCCCAUCCAGAUCAAAGUCCUGACCACCCCACCUCAAGGAGCUGUUAUCCGAGCCAUGCCAGUUUAUAAAAAAGCCGAACACGUGACCGAGGUGGUGAAACGCUGCCCAAACCAUGAGCUGAGCCGCGAGUUCAACGACGGUCAGAUCGCUCCCCCAAGCCACCUAAUUCGUGUCGAGGGGAACAACCACGCCCAGUAUCUGGAGGACUCUAUCACUGGAAGACAGAGCGUACUAGUUCCCUACGAACCUCCACAGGUGGGGACAGAAUUCACCACAAUCUUGUACAACUUCAUGUGCAACUCAAGCUGUGUCGGCGGGAUGAACAGACGCCCGAUCCUCAUCAUCGUCACUCUGGAAACCAGAGAUGGCCAAGUACUAGGACGCCGCUGCUUCGAGGCCAGGAUCUGCGCCUGCCCAGGCCGAGACAGAAAGGCGGAUGAGGACAGCAUCCGCAAGCAACAUGUAACAGAUGGAUCAAAGAGCAGUGAGGGUACGAAGCGCCCUUUCCGCCAGGUCUCCCACGGCAUACAGAUGUCCGCCAUCAAGAAGAGAAGAUCUACAGAUGAGGAGGUUUUUUGUUUGCCUAUUAAAGGCCGUGAAAUUUAUGAGAUUUUGGUAAAAAUCAAAGAGUCUCUGGAGCUCAUGCAGUUCCUGCCGCAGCACACUAUAGAGUCAUACAGACAGCAGCAGCAGAAUCUCCUACAGAAACAGACGUCGAUGCCGUCACAGCCAUCCUACGGCUCAAUGUCCCCGACUCAUGGAAAAGUCAACAAGCUGCCCUCCGUCAGCCAGCUCAUGAACCCCCAGCAGAGAAACACACUCACCCCGUCCGGCAUGUCUGGAGGCCUGACUGACAAUGCUUUUGUCUCUGCAGUGACUCCUAUGAUGGGUUCUCACAUCCCCAUGAACGCUGACAUGAGUUCACUGAGCCCCACACACGCACUGCAGCCACAGCUCCCCCUGGUGCCUUCCUCCCACUGUACCCCCCCUCCUCCAUAUCCCAUGGACAGCAGCAUCUCCAGCUUCCUUAUUCGGCUGGGCUGCGCAGGCUGCUUGGACUACUUCACAGCACAGGGCCUAACCAACAUCUACCAGAUUGAGAACUAUAACAUGGAGGAUCUGUCCAGGCUGAAGAUCCCCUUGGAGUUCCAGCACAUGAUCUGGAAGGGCAUCAUGGAGCACCGACAGGCCAUGGAUUUUUCCCCACCCCCCCACAUAGUGCGCACCACCAGCGGGGCGUCCGCCGUCAGCAUGGGCGGCUCCGAGGCGCGAGGCGAGCGUGUCAUUGACGCCGUACGCUUCACCCUGCGCCAGACCAUCUCCUUCCCGCCACGCGACGAGUGGUCCGACUUCUCCUUCGACCUGGAUUCUCGUCGCAACAAACAGCAGCGCAUCAAGGAGGAGGGAGAGUGAAACCACUGCGGUCUUCCCCCACGCGUUCUUGUUUCAAACUUCACGCCUGCUGUACGAACAUUUCAUUUGGAAAAAAAAAAAACUUGGUAUUAGUGCAAAUACUGCUGAGAACAAAACGCAUUUUACAUAGAAGUGCACUUAUUCUCAUUUGUUGUGGUUCAAAGGUGCAUUUUAUUUUGUUCGAUUUCUUGAGAGCACUUCAGAAAUGUUGAUGAUUUCAAUGUAGAGUUUUUAAGUGUUCGUGAUUCAUUCCUGCGGUAAAGCAUGACUGGAAGCAAACCUUUCAUUACAGGGCUUAUAAGGGCUUUUAUUUGUGCUACAAAAUGUAUUUUAUUAUGUAACAGACUUCUGAGUUUUCUGGCUAGUCGAGUACACUGGUUUUCCCUGGAGGCAGAAGUCAGCGUUGAUUGUAAACAUUUCAAACAUUUCCUGUCAGAAGUAUUAAGUCAAGUGAGAUUCAUCUUGUUUUCUGUUGUAAUUUCUACUUUUUGCUUUUUUAUGUCUGUUGUGAGACCAACGCUUCACCGUUUUGUGUCAGGUUUGAAGUAUGUGUGUUAAAGUGACAGAUGGUUCUUCAUUUGAUGUAGCCACAUAUAGGCCGAAUGCUCUUGACCCAGUGUUUCACAGUAAAUAUAAUGACUGAUGUCCUUUUUGUUUUUCGUGCUUGAUCUCAGAGUGUUUUCUCUGCAGCAGAUGCCUUGUUCAAGUAUUUUUGUAUCCUUAACUACGUGCUGGUAGAGGUUUAUUUCAUUUGAUGACUGGCCAAAACCGAUGAUUUAUUGUAUAUAAAUUUGUAUAGUUCUUUUAUUUUAAAGUCUCCCUCAAGAAAAUGAGUGAUUUCAUCCUGGAUCAAGACAAAGUGAUGUGAAUAUUGUUUGGUAGCUUCACCACUGCCAACAAUGUUUGUGUUAAAAGGAGACCUAACAGUGUGUAUGUGUGUGUGUGCGUGUGUGUUCUUACACUCCACCAGCCCAUGUCGUUUCAAGUAGCCAGCAUUAUUAGGAAGCAGAAACAGUCUGCAUUUUCAUAUUUUUGUACAAUGUGUUGUAAAUAUGUUCCAAUAUAUCAAGGCUAUUUUGAUAUAAAUCUGAAAUAAAUAUCAAUACUUGCUUUACUGCAUGUUUA